AUGGAGGAGUCUGAAAAGCCCAAACCAAUCCCGGCAUAUUACUGUUGUUAUCUCCUCCGGUCGACCGUUCGACACGCCUCACUGUACAUCGGCUCGACGCCAAACCCGAUCAGACGACUCCCUCAGCACAACGGUGUCGCCAAAGGUGGGGCCAAGCGAACCGCCAGAGAUAAAUUACGCCCCUGGGAAAUGACCCUUGUCGUAGAGGGUUUCACGAGCAGAGUCGGCGCUUUGCAAUUCGAAUGGGCUUGGCAACACCCGGAAAGGUCGCGGCACCUUGAUUCCGAAGAUGAUUUAGACCCUAAGCCCCGGGGUAAGGCCAAUGCCAAUGCGAAGACGGGAAAGCCAAAGCCGAAACCCAGGGCGCGGACCAGGAGAUCACUAAUGGCGCAUUUGGAGGAUUUGCAUUCCCUGCUUCGCUCGACUUAUUUCUCCCCUUGGCCGUUACGAGUCCGUUUCUUUUGUGUCGAUGUUUAUCGUGUAUGGCGAGCCUGGAAUGAUCGCGUUGAUGGUCGCUUGCCCGGCAACAUCAAGGUUAUUCAAGAUGGAGACAACCUUGCAACGCCGCCCGAUGCCAAGCAAGACGAUGAGCUCGCACCCGUUGGAAGCAUUAACAAUAUAUCAGUUGACUACACCAGGAUUGAAGAUCAUCUCGAAAAGUCAAUGUUCAUGCUGGAAGAUCCAGAUGAUCUGCAGUGCACGGUCUGUAAAAAGCCGAUCUCUCCAGACGAAGAACAAAUAGUAGUGUGUCCACAUCCGAAUUGCCGCGGCACGAGUCAUUUAUUAUGUCUAUCUACCGCAUUCCUUGAUGCGACCAACGAACCAGACCUCCUAGUGCCCACCCAAGGGACCUGCUCGUCAUGUGGAAACACUGUACAGUGGGUGGCAAUGAUGCGUGAGCUAAGCUUCCGCAACAGAGCAGAGAAAGAAGCACGCGCAAUUAUCAGAAAGAAAGAGAAACGAGUUCGCAAAGAGUCCGCCGCGGUGGAGGCAUCUUCAGGACCUCGGUCGUCUUCUAUUGAACCAAGGUCACUGCCAGAAGAACCGACCCAAGACGAUCUAGGGCCAAAUUGGUUCGAGGAAGUCGAUAUAGAAUCUGACUCUGAUUUUGAGGGCCGACAGAAGCACCGCCCGACUCGACCUCCAUCAAAGCUUGAGAUCGUGAUUGAAGACAGCGACUGGGAUGACGCAGAACUCGUUGAAUGA